AUGAGAGCAGUCACAAACAAACAGUGCAUUGGUAAGGUCAUGUUUCUUACAGCAGUUGCAAGACCAAGAUUCGACAGUGCAAAAAAUGUGACUUUUUCUGGUAAGAUUGGUGUGUGGCCAUUUGUUAAGCAAUUGCCAGCGCAAAGGAAAAGCGAUAAUCGGCCUAAAGGGACCCUAGAAACUAAGUCAAUCAAGGUCACUAGGGAUGUUAUGAGGGAGUUCCUAAUAGAUAAGGUUCUACCAGCAAUUCGAGAUGCUUGGCCUGCAGAAGAUGCUGGACAGAUUAUCUUUGUACAGCAAUAUAACGCCAAGCCUCACAUAUUGCCUAACGAUCAAGAAUUUAAAGAUGCUGUAGCUAAAAUUGGAAUGGACAUCCAGCUGGUGCAGCAGCCAGCGAAUAGCCCAGAUUUGAAUGUUAAUGAUCUAGGGUUCUUCAACUCCAUAGAAUCUCUAACAGACCGCCGAAGCCCUAGAACACUAAACGACCUCAUCCGUGAUCAAAGGCAUUGCAAGCGGAAGAAGAAGCAAAGCAACAACAAGCUAAAAAGAAAGAAGAAGAAAAGCAAGAGGAAGCUCGAAAGAAAGAAGAAGCAAACAAAGCAAGAGAAGAAGCAAAGCAAGAGGAAGCUCGAAAGAAAGAAGAAGCAAAGAAAGCAAGAGAAGAAGCAAAGCAAGAGGAAGCUCGAAAGAAAGAAGAAGCAAAGAAAUCAAGAGAAGAAGCAAAGCAAGAGGAAGCUCGAAAGAAAGAAGAAGCAAAGAAAUCAAGAGAAGAAGCAAAGCAAGAGGAAGCUCGAAAGAAAGAAGAAGCAAAGAAAUCAAGAGAAGAAGCAAAGCAAGAGGAAGCUCGAAAGAAAGAAGAAGCAAAGAAAUCAAGAGAAGAAGCAAAGCAAGAGGAAGCUCGAAAGAAAGAAGAAGCAAAGAAAGCAAGAGAAGAAGCAAAGCAAGAGGAAGCUCGAAAGAAAGAAGAAGCAAAGAAAGCAAGAGAAGAAGCAAAGCAAGAAAAAGAAGAAGGAAGAAAAAAGCAAUCAAUCUAGCAAGCGCAAGAGAAAAGAAGGAAAGCAUGCAGAAGGAGAGCAAGAAGAAAUACCUACAGCAGAAGCAAGCACAAGCAAAAAGCGUAAGCAACACAAGCACAAGCAAGCACAAGCACAAGUAGCUACAUCAGAAGUGGAAGCAACCUACAGGAAUUUGUUAACUGAAUUUGUUGCAAGCAAGCAGUGGAAUCUAGCUACUGGAAUUUGUACCUAUUGAUCUUCAACCAUUGACACCAGAAAAUGCAAGCUACUGGAGUACAUUACUGUAAUGCUACGGUAUUGUUGUUGUUACACAAACUACU